GUACCCGAGGGCCAGGUGGCCACGCUGUCGUUCCGCGUCUUCGACCUGGAGCCGGAGCCGCGCUGCCGCUUCGACGCGCUGGCCGUGUUCGGGGGCCACGGCCCCGCGGCGCCGCUGCUGGGGCGCUUCUGCGGCACCUUCCGGCCCGGGGCGCUGCGGGCACCCCAAAACCGCCUGCGCCUGCACAUGGAGAGCGACGGCGGCACCGCCGGCAGGGGCUUCCUGGCCUGGUUCAGCGCCGGCAGCCCCCCGAGCGACGGUGGGUGCGGGGCCGCGGGGAGACCCCCGAGGAGGGAAACUGAGGCCAGGAGCACCCAGAACCGUGAGGGGAAGCUGCGGCCGGGACCCCCAGCCGGGGCCGGGCAGGGCCCGUGCGGCCGGGCCCCCCCGAGCCCCCGUCCCGGCUCUGAGCCCGCUGCCGUACCUGCAGUGCUGACCGGCGCGGUGAAGUCGCUGUCGCGGGGCCCGCCGCCGGAGCCGGCCUGGGCCUCGCUCUCCGUGCUCGGCCUCUACAAGUGGGGCCCGCUCGGGGCCCCUCCGCCCGCCGCCGGCUCCUCGCUGCGGCUGCAGCUGCCCUGCCGCCUGUGCCCGGCGCUCAAGAGAGGCUCCAGCUACGUCCUGAUGGGGCGGCUGGCGGCCGACGGGGCGGCGCUGCUGCCGCCCGACGCCUUCGUGGUGCCCUACCGCCCGCAGCAGCAGCAGCAGGUGCUGGGCAACCUCAGCAAGAGGCCGUGCCGGGGGACCCCCUGAGACCCCCGGAGAGAGACCCCCCCCCGCCCCGCGCCGGCCCCCGCUCCUUCGCAAAUAAAGGGUGCACAGAUGGAGCGCGUGCCUGGAGGUUCUGGGGGAGAGGGCCUGAGAGCCGCAUUCAAGGGGAGAACCCAAAAUAGGAGCCUCAAA